AUGGCCCUUACGGACUUUCUCCAGGAUGAGUCUACAGGAAAUUGGGCAGACGAUAUGGAUGAUCUCCCCAUCGCCCCCGCCCCAAGAGAUGAUCGCUACGGAGGAGGCGCUCGCCGCGGCGGAGACUACCUCGCCUCUGUGCCCGACCGCGCCGAGCGUGACAGGAUGAUGGCUGCCGGCGGCGGUGGAUUUGGCGGUGCUGGGAUGGACCGCGCCCCUCGUCCUGAUCUUCCCCUGCCUGACAGGCCACCCUACACUGCCUUCCUCGGCAGUCUAUCGUACGAUGUCACUGAGGGAGACAUUGCCGACUACUUUGCUCCUCACAAGGCUGUCAGCAUCCGCCUCGUUAGCGACCGCGACGGCAAGCCCAAGGGCUUCGGCUACAUUGAAUUCGAAGAGCUCGACGGUCUCAAAGAAGCUCUCGUCCGCAGCGGCGGGUCCCUCGCAGGCCGUAACAUUCGCGUAGGCGUGGCCGAGCCGCCCAAGUCCGGCGGCCCUGGCGGUGGAUUCCCUUCAAGCGCUGCCGAAGAGGCAUCGCAAUGGAGGCGAGCAGGCCCUCUCCCUCCCUCUGAGCCUGCUGCCUCCUCUCGACCGGGUAUGGGAGGACGUGAGCGCUCUGGCUUCGGCGCCCCUCGUGGUGAUGGACCGAGUGGGUUUGAUAACAUGGAGGUCGGAGCAGGUGGACGAUCAGGCUUCGGCAGCCGUUUCCAGGCUUCGCCCGCUGGUGCUGGCAGUGGCCCCGGUGGCUUCGGCGCUGGAGCCGGCCCUCGUGACGGUCCUUCAUCUCGUAUGGGUCCCCGCCCACCCGUUGAACCUCUCGAGCCUACUCGCGGUGAAGUCGCCUCAGACUGGCGCACUGGCAAGCCCAUGGAAGGUCCUCCAUCCCGUCGCCCCGGCUUCGGUCCCGCAGCGGACGGUGCACCCUCAUCUUCUGGCGCCAACCGCUCCCCUUCAAUGCGCGGCGACGCAACCAACGUCGACGAGAAGUACGCCUCUCAGGAGCGCAUGGGCUUCGGCUCCAAGUUCCAGGCUACACCUCCAGAGAGCCCCGCAAUGAGCAACAACACGCCUCGUGGGCCCCGUGGUGGCUUCGAGCGAAAGGCGAGCGGCGCUGCUCCCCUCUCUGCGGGACCUGGUGACGGUGCCGACUCGUGGCGAAGCGCUCGUGCCGCUCCCUCCCCGUCUGCGGCUCCUAUGAGCCCUCCAGCCCCUACUGAGCGCCGCAAGCUCGACCUCAAGCCUCGUUCCGCUGCUUCUGCCACGCCCGCAACGGAGACCCCGUCAUCAAGCAGCAAGUCAAACCCCUUCGGGACGGCCAAGCCUGUGGACAAUGCUGAGAGGGAGCGUGCUAUUGAUGAGCGACUGAGGAAGGAAAGGGAGCAGAGGGCUGCUGAGCAGGAGAAGGUCAAGGCAGAAAAGGAAAAGGCGAUGAAGGAUGUGCCCAAGGGGCCCAGGGUUGACCGGGAUAGGACUGGACCUACCUCGCCGCCUGCAGGCAACGCGAUCGCUGCUGCUACGGGUGCUGAAACCGCGGCCAGCACUGAGGCUGCUCCUGCCGCCCCCGCUGCUGCUGCUCCCGCCAAGGCCAAGAGCCCUCCGCCGACUGGCGCUUGGGGUGGUGGAAGGAAGGCUAGCGGCGCUCUCGCUGCGGGCGGUGCUGCGCCUGCCAAUGGGGCAUCAACGACGAACGGCGGCAGCGACGCGGCUGUGGCAGAGGCGACCGAGGGCGUCGACAAGGCUAGCAUUUCGGCUUAG